AUGGACGAACCUACCAUUGCCAUGAAAGAAAGCUUCUUCCACCACGUAAACUUCCCUCACCAGAAGAAGCUCGUCAAUGGAGUUGUCUUCCCCGCUAAAACCGGAGCUAUUCUCUUCUUCGGCUUCCCCAUUGACUCACCAUCCGACUUCACUGAAGUAGUUGAAGCUACAGGUUUCCUUCCCAUGGAGUAUAUAGGCGGCGGCGCAUUCCGGACGAAAGUUUUCUCCCGAGUUUACAAAGCUGCGAAGGUGGGAAUGAAGCUGGAAUGGAUAGACGAUGGUUCAGAUGCAGUGAAGAUUGUAAUAGGUCUGAAGCCUGCUUUCAUAAUCGAUAAUGGAAGAGGAAGGAAGACAUGGUUUAAUAGCAUGGUGACUGAAAGGGAUAACAUGGCGGUGAUUCAACCGGAGCCGGUGACUUUUGGCAAUGGUGAGGCGUUGCCGGCUGAUGUAGUGUAUGACAAUACGAGUGUAUCAAAAUCUUGGAAGAUGAAUGUGUGGCUAUUCGAUGGAAGAAAGGUGAUGUUUUACUAG